AAGCGGCGGCGGCCAUGUUGGCCCCAGCGCCGUGCUCCGAGCAGCUUUGUUGUGGCUCCUUCUCCCUCUGGCCCUGCUCCUCCUCCACCACCUCCGCCGCCGCCGUGCCUCGCGGGUGAAAUGGAGGCGACCUGGGGUGCCUUUAUCUUUCAGGCAGCCGAUGUCUCACAGCAGCAGCACCAGCAACAUGUGCAGAACAGCCUGCUGCCAAUACUGCACUCUGUCAACGAGCCACGUGAGCAAGUCCCCGUGACCGCGCUGCCCACAGCCGCAAAGUCCCCCGACCCCAAAGAGGCCCCCAAGCCGUUGAUGACGGUGGAGAAGAAGGAGAAGACCAGGACGCCGGUGAUCUGCAGCUACUGUAGCAAGGCGUUCAGAGACAGUUACCACCUGCGGCGACACGAGUCUUGCCACACCGGCAUCAAGCUGGUAUCGCGGCCUAGGAAGGUGCCCACCAUGGUCUCGCUCAUGUCGUCGGCACCCAGCGUGGGGGCCACGGCCUCCCUGGUGUCGACUGUGGCGGGCAUGCUGACCACCACGGCAGCCUCCACCUCCACCAUCACUAGCAGCAGCACGCCCCCGGUGCCCACCACCAAGAACGCCGGCAGGAGGGUGAAGAAGAACCACGGCUGCGAACUGUGCGGCAAGGCGUUCCGCGACGUGUACCACCUCAACCGGCACAAACUCUCGCACUCGGAUGAGAAGCCCUUUGAGUGCCCCGUGUGCCAGCAGCGCUUCAAGAGAAAGGAUCGCAUGAGCUACCACGUGCGGUCACACGAAGGGGGCAUUAACAAACCGUACAUCUGCAGCCUGUGCGGAAAGGGAUUCUCCAGGCCUGAUCAUCUGAGCUGUCAUGUCAAACAUGUUCAUUCCACUGAGAGACCCUUCAAAUGCCAAACUUGUGAAGCAGCUUUUGCCACCAAAGACCGCCUGCGUUCACACAUGAUCCGCCACGAGGGAAAGGUGUCCUGCCACAUCUGUGGCAAACUGCUGAGUGCAGCGUACAUCUCCAACCACAUCAAAAUGCAUAAUCACAAUCAAAAUCACAACUGCAAUGUCUGUAACAAAGGUUUCACCACGGCUGCCUACCUGCGGGUCCAUGCUCGAAAUCACCACGGUGUCCAUUACAAGUCUCAGAGAUUUGUGUGCGAGCAGUGUGGCCUGCAGUGUCAGUCCCACAAUCACCUGAUUGGGCACAAGAAAAGCCACAUGGGAGAGACCCCAACUUCUAGUGCCUCCUCUGUGGCAGCAGUGGCUUUGAAAGACACUGCUGAGGUUUGCCAUACUCCAGCGGCAGCUCCAAGCCCGGAGAAUAUAACAGUCAGACCCGUGGACAGCGUGCCCUUCCUGUCCCAGGUCCUGCCAUCCUCCCCACCCUGGUGAAAAGUCCUGAAGGCAGCUGCCAUGCGAUCAACGGCGAAUUAGAAACUUGUCAACCAGCAGUUCCCCCCCCCCUAAAAACCCGGGAUCUUCGGCUCAUUCUGUCAAGAAGAAGAGAAAAUCUUGCGGGUUUUUUCUCCCAGGAGAGGAAAGCAUCGGUUUGUGGUUUCACUGACUAUGUAAAAUUGUGGUCUAAUACCCAGACUCCAGAUUUAAUGACUAGUUAAAAGUAGGUUAUCUAUCUAUCUGUAUCAUUCCCGUACCUCCAUCUGGGAAUAGUUUAGAGCUUUAGUGCUGCGGAAAUGAAUGCCCGUCUAAAUAUUUGCCAAAUUCACAAGGCAAUUCCACUGAUGAUUUUCAGUCCGAACAGGAACGCAAAAUUGGUCACAAAUUAGUGGAUGGCCGCAUAGUGCAUUCGGAUAUGCUCAGCUGUUGCAUCUAAUUGUACGAGUGAAUUUGAUCACGCCGGAGAACGAUAGACAUCAGGAGGGAAGAGCAAAAAUAUUCCUAGAUGGACUGCCUGGAAUGUGCAGGUGUUUAAAAUGUUAUAUAGUACCUGCACUUAUCUUAGAAUCUGUAUUCUCAUGAAUUGUCAUUUACUAUAUAAGUGAGUGUGAAGUUACAACCUUGUUUUUAAAGAAUGCUCUGAAGACACAUUGGUGCAACGUUUUGCACUGGUGUGAAAGUUCCCCUUUAUUAAUGAGGGCCUUGAAAAUGGGCAUCGAGUACAAGAAGGUGCUGGUUUAAUGUUUCUUCUGUGACUACUGUUUUUGGUUUUGCCGUUUGUUCUUUUAAAAAAAAAUUUACAUCCACCUCGUGUUCGUCAGAUUCGGAGAGGAGGGUAGGGCGCGGCGGAAGACCCAUGGAGUCCGCAUUAGUGGUGUGCAAGAGCGAUCCAGCUGGUCCCUCCCCACAGCCCAGCAUACAUUUCCCGUUCUAAUCUUUUCCCAUCUUUGCAGUGAGCGGUAUGAUAGAGUCUGUCUUCUCCGUCCCUCUCUAGCCGUGCACUUAGGUUCUGGGGCCUCGCAGAGUUUCAACGGAAAAAAGUUGUUCUAUUUUCCUUUUUUUCCUUCCUUUUCCAGUCGUCUUCAUCAAACGUUCUCCAGUUCUACACCUUAUCACCAGUCGGAACCGUCUCACUCUAUUUACCGCGGGUCCUUUGUCGUUUUAACCAGGUCUAUGUCAGAUCUCCUCAUAAUCUUGGUUUCUCCACUCUAUCCAGGGACUGAAGUCCCUCAUCAUCUGGAAUCAUUCUCACAAAUUUCUUCUGAAGUCUCCCCAAGACCUUCGCUUCACUCAAAUCUGAUACCCAAAGAGGCGCGCGAUACCCCAGUUGUGGCCGAACAACAUUUUGUCAAAGUCACCAUAUCUUCUUUGUUCCCCUGCUCUCUGCCUUCGUCCAUAAGGGUCAGGAUUCCGUAUGCUUUUGUGAUUGCCUUCACAACUCUGCCAUAAUCUGUGCACAAAUGGCACGUAUCGUUACAAUCUGCACUCUAGAUUAUAUUCUCAAAUGUAAAAUAUGACCAGUUUAUAUCAAUAAAUAGUGUCACAGUCAUGCAGCAUGGAAACGGGUCCUUCAGCCCAACUCAUCCAUACCGACCAAGAUUCCCCAUCUACACAUCCCACCAGCCUGGGUUAGUCCAUAUCCCCCUAAAGCUUCCCUAUCUGUGUACCUGUCCAAGUGUCUUUUAAAUGAUGUUAUGGUACCUGCUUCAACUACCUCCUCUGGCAGCUCAUUCG